CCUCUUGCUAGAUCCACUGAACACCAUCCUGAGACUCUGAAGUGAUGCCCGCUGUUGACGUUGAAGGUCCCACAUUGUUCUGCGAGCGUCCGGAAUGGGAGGACGUUACACCCAUAGCACAGUACGAGAACAUCACUCCUCUGGCGCCCAUAUUCUACAGCAACGAAUACAAGGAUGCCACUGAUUACUUUCGAGGGAUAUUGAAAACUGGGGAGAUGAGCCCCCGGGUACUGGAUCUCACGGAACAGAUCAUUCGCAUGAACCCAGCACACUACUCUGCAUGGACAUACCGCUACCAAACCCUCAUCCACCUCCAAACCCCUCUCGGACCGGAACUCGAACUUACUAACGACCUCACCAGAGCCUACCUCAAGACCUAUCAAGUAUGGCACCAUCGUAGACUGCUUGUCACCGCCCUCAACGACCCCACGCCUGAGCUCCCCUUCAUCGAGACCAUCCUAGGGAUCGACGCGAAGAACUAUCAUACGUGGAGUUAUAGGCAGUGGUUGUUGAGUCAUUUCGAUAGGGAGGAGAUGUGGGAGAGUGAGGUGCCGUUUUUGGAGAGGCUGGUGGAGGAGGAUGUGAGGAAUAAUUCGGCGUGGCAUCAUCGGUUUUUUGUGGUGUUUGAGAGGAAGGCGAAGGAGGGAGGUGUAGAUGAGGAUGUGGUCAAGAGGGAACUUGUCUAUACGAAACAGAAGAUCGCUCUUGCACCUAACAACAUGUCGGCGUGGAAUUACCUCCGUGGCGUCCUAGGCCACGCACACGUCCCAUACCCGACCUUGAUAUCCUUCGUUGAACCCUACACCUCUGCUUCACCACCCUCGAACGACGACGAUGUGGUUGACCUGGAGAACCCUUUGCCUUCGAAAGGAGCACAACUUCCAUGUCCGGCCGCCAUUGAGUUCCUCGCAGAUGCUUACGAGGCGGAGGGCGCUGGUGGAUUGUCGAAGUCGGUGGAGCUUUGGAAGUCUCUUGCGAAUGAACACGACAAGAUUCGGAAGAAGUACUGGGAGUAUCGUAUCAAGGAGGCGUCUACCAACAUCACGAAAUGACAGCUCACAACACAAUCUUAAUGUCGCCAAUUCUACAGCUGUUUGGCCAGGGUGUAUAAUACUUUGGGACCUGAAAUACGUUUCUGUGAUCGUUCACAAUCAUGGACGACAAGCUCUGCCGUCCGGGUCUCUUUGGAGAGACAUGCGACAUGGGGGGUGCGAGUUGUGUGCAAUACAUCAAUUUAUGUAUUCCGCGCCUGGUAAU